AACGUCCACGAACUGAGAGCUGUCAAGACGUUUUACUUUUGGGAGAAUGUAGAAGCAAUUGAUUUUACACGUUUUAUAUUGUUGUUUUUCUGAGAUUAUUUACUUUGUUUAUGAAGAUUACAAACAUAGCCAUCUAACUGUCGCGAUGGCAGCCUCGGCUGAAAGCGACAUGUCGGUGGUCGAGCUGAAGGCGGAGAUCGAAAGACUCAGCCGUGAGCUCGACCAGGCCAGCAGCGAGAAGAUACAGUCUGCUCAGCUAGGGCUGGUUCUUCUCGAAGAGAAGAGCGCCCUGCAGCAGAGGUACGAUGAACUUGAAGGCAUAUACGAAAACACAAGACAUGAACUGAAAAUCACACAAGAGGCCCUCAUGAAACUGGACACAACACAGAAAGUGACCACAAGAAGUGGCAUUGAACAAGAAAAUGCUCUCCUCAAUGAGUCCGCUGCUAUGGAGAGCUCCCUCACACUACAGAUAUUGGAACUGGAAGGAGAAGCAAAACAGUUACGUCACGAGCUAGACCGUGUAGUUAGCGAGCGGGACCGCUUACUAGCGGAGAGUUCAGAGCUGGGCGCGGACAAGGCGACGCGGGAGUCUGAGCGGGCGGCGCUACGAGCGGAGCUGCGCGAGGCGCGGCAGCGGGAGCAGCGGCUGCUGGUCGACAUCGGCGACCUCGAGGACGAGAACAUCUCGCUGCAGAAACAGGUGGCAGCUCUGCGAUCCAGCCAGGUGGAAUUCGAAGGCCUCAAACAUGAAGUGCGGCAACUCCGCGAAGAAGCGGAGAACGCGCGGGCCGCAGCAGACGAGACAGCGGCGCUGCGACGCAUCGCCGAGCGACAGCUGGCCGAGGCUUUGGAAGCCCUGCAGGCCGAGCGGGAAGCUAAGUUUGCAGCUAAGAAAGAACUCGAUGCGCAUCUCAGUCGGGAGGCAGCGUAUAACAUCACUAACUUGGCGUAUAGUAUACGAGGUAUGCCAGAAGACAGCACCGAGGACGAGGGCGAGGCGGGCGGCUCCAGCGCGGCCGAGCUGGCCUCGGCCAUGGGCGAGCACCACGCCGACCUCUUCUCCGAGGUGCAUCUGCACGAGAUCUCCCGCCUCGAGAAGCAGCUGGAACAGGCGCACAACGAGAACACACAAGUGUCGGCGGCGAUGCGCGCGGCGCAGACGACAGCGGAGGCCGAGGGCGCGGCGGCGGGCGCGCUGCGCGCGGGGCUGCUGCGCGCCGCCUCGCGCGUGUCCGCGCUGCACGCGCUGCACGCCGACUGCUCACCAGCGGAGGACGAGAAGACAGAAGGUGGAAUUUCAUCGCGAGCGGCACGAUGGCUGACCUGGUGGAGAGUUUCUGGCGGAGAACUCAGCGCUUUAGCGGCUCAGCUGGCGGAGCUGCAGACUCCGCUGCCCAAUGACGCCUCAGCUGCUGCGCUCGCGCGGCAACAGAUGGCGCAGCUCAGCGACAGAGUGGCCGAGGCUGAGGUGCGGUGUGCGGCGUUAGAAGCGGAAGCGGAACUCCUGCGCACAUUGGCGGGCGGCGCAGGACGGGCGCUGUCGUCGGCGGCGCCGUCGCUGUCGUCGGCGGCGGAGACGCUGGCCCUGCUGUACCACCACGUGUGCGCGCUCAACGGCACGCAGCCGGAGAGGUUGCUGCUCGAGCACGCCGCGCACAAUGACGCGUCGGAGGGCGCGGAGCGGUCGGCGGAGGCGGAGGCGCUGGCGCUGGCGGCGGGUGAGCUGCAGGGGCUGCGUGCGGCGGGCGCAGUGGCGCGCUCUGCCGACACGCUGCUGGACCAGCUCCAGCAUCUGCGUGCUGCGCUCGCCACCGCGCUCGACUGCAGGCGUCGUCCGCAGCCCGUAAUGGAAACCGAAGAGCGCGGCGCAGAAAUGGCAGAGCUCCAAGAGCAAGUGAUCAAACUGAAGUCGCUGUUGUCGACGAAACGCGAACAGAUCGCGACCCUACGGACCGUGCUCAAGUCCAACAAGAACACGGCCGAGGUCGCGCUGGCCAACCUCAAGUCCAAGUACGAGACGGAGAAGACUAUAGUGACGGAGACCAUGCUGAAACUGAGGAACGAACUGAGGUUGUUGAAGGAAGACGCGGCUACCUUCUCCAGUUUGCGGGCGAUGUUCGCGGCGCGUUGCGAGGAGUACGUGACGCAGGUGGACGAGCUGACGCAGGCCCUGGCCGGCGCCGAGGAAGAGAAGAAGACCCUCAACCAACUCCUACGGCUAGCUGUGCAGCAGAAGUUAGCUCUUACACAGCGGCUGGAGGAACUCGAGGUGGACCGCGAGAUGCGCACGCGGCGGGUGCCGAAGGCGGGCACGGCGGCGCGCGCGCGCGGGCGGGAGUUCUAGCGGCUGCUGGUGGCGCUCAAGCUGGCCGCCGCCGCCUUGCGGGCGCUGCUGCAACACUCCAGAUAAGAUACACGAAUUUAUACAACAUGGAAUUUAUCCACGUCUGACGCGAACACGCGCUCUAUGAACGAACAAUUCUGUUGUUAUUCUGAAAUUUAUGUAUUGAAUGUACAGUUCUGACUCGCCGGUAUAUAUAAACAGACUUGGCUCCGAUGCCUGCUCGCUCAAUAUCAUAAAAAUAAUAUUUAUCAGAACAAAAGAUAUAUAAAGAUCAAUCAUAUUGACAUGUGUCCCCGAUAGGUCAGAGAUGGAAUUGUACAUUUCAAAUAUAUAUUGUAUUUGCAUGUAAAGAAUUUAUCUUUCAUAGACAACGUAGUAGUUAUAUAUUGUCAAAUGUGGACUAAAAUAAACACGCCCGUCAUGCAAAUGCGUGAUGCGAGCGACGCGACUUUUUUAUACAAUGCGAGAGGUCGGCGCGGACGCAGCAGUGAUCGAACAUUGAUAGCUCGUCCCCCGGCCGCUAGACCUUAAUGUGUUUCUAGGAAACUAAAUUAUUUAUACCUUUUAUAAAAUGUAGUAUAAGGGUAUGGGCGGAAAAGGGCGGCGCGGCGCAGUCCGGCCCUGAACCGUCAAACUGUGCAAUGUGCGCCGCGCCCCCCACCCGCCGCUGUUGGGCCGCGCGCCGCUUUAUUUAUUGUUAGUUACCUCUAGCUUCUAUCGACCAGCGGUUCUUGCCGAGCCGACUCACUCGUCCCGAGUCUAAAUGUUGCUCUACUUCCCCCGUUCGCCCCGCACUGAUCCGAUAUUUUGAUAUCAGAUUUCCUCUUAUUAUUAUAUUGUCUAUUGCACGAAAUUAAUGUUUAACGAGUAUUUUUGUAAUAGGAUCGGUGUAUUUUACUACCUUUAAAUGAAUUUAUCGCAGUUGUUGUCGCCGAUGCGAAGAUUAAACCGACGAGAUUUUACUAUAAAUUAUUUAUAAUGUCGUACGCGAUCGACAGGAAUCCUUAUGAAACCGUGCUAAGUUAUUUUUUAUUAUAUACAUAUUUAUUCGAUUCUACAUGAAAUAUAAGAUUCCUCCGGUCGAUACGAACGUUCAGUACGUCCAAAAAAAUUUGUAAAAUUAUCAUCGACGUCCAUCCAAUGAGUGCGCAAAAGACUAUGUAAUCUGUUCUCUAGUUAUACGUUCGUUGCGUUGUUGUGGCCCUCUGCCGGAUACUUUCGUCCAUCUUGUUGUAGUUGUAUGUAGUGUUUGGGUUUGGUCGGUGCCGCGCACCUCUGCCGUCCCGUGGUCCGCCACGCGUCCAAUCCUGUCCAGCCGGCGGCCGCUCCCGUAGAGCCUCUCGUUACUGUUUGUGUGAACCGUGCUACCGACCUGAGUUGCUCAACCAAGUUGCUCACGAGGGCCGCCGGCGCUCUAUUAGUAAGACGAAAUUUACGGAGAUUAUUCAAGUGUUACGUAUUCUUUAUUUACGUUGUGGGAUGUGAUAUCGGCAGCUGACGCAGCGUGCCCGGUGACGUAGUUAUCUCUUCUGGUGUCUCACUGGACCUAGGCUAGUUCACCGUUCCAUGUAGUGGGCGCUCGCCCGAGUAGGUAUUUACUGGUUUAGGUGUAACCUAGAUAGUACGUUAGCCUUCUGGUAUACUUCGUAGGUUAUUAGCAUAAUUGUUUUGCAUAGCUCAAAGUAGCGGAGCGACCGACCGCGACCCUGUCGCCGCCGAGGACCAUAGCCUUGCAUUUAUUGUUUUUAGAUAAUAAUUAUAUUAUAGCUUUUAACUUAGAUCAUUCUUCGUGUACUUAAAUCAUGGACUUACCUAUAUUAGCUUUAUACUUUUCUAAGUAUUAUUUUUCUUUUGUAGCUUAGCAGCAGACAUCGUUUAUGUAUUGUUUGUGUCUAGUCACUAUAGUUUGCGCGCGCGGAUUCGCUUUCGCUCGUAGCCGGAGCGAAUUGGCGCACGCGUUAUGACAUAAUAAUUAUUAAAGGUUGUACACUCUAUUUAUUGUUAACUUCGCUAUUUCCUCUUUUGACAUUGUUAUGUUUACCAUAUUUGUGUCUGUUUUUUGACAUGAUGAAAUUUGCACAUAAUCUAUUUAUUUCAAAUUGUUAUUGUUGGAGCGCUGACAGUGGCCGGGCGGCGUUUAGCCGCUCCGCUGAAUAUUAUUUUGUUCUAAAAUGUAUUGUAGCAGUAUUGUUUUAUUUUUAUAUACACCCUUGUAUCGAUUCUGUCCGACGUUCAGUAUUUACGAACAGAUCGAUGUCUGCUGCCACUAACGAUGGUGGUAUAGACAGCGAUUAACCAAAUAUUUUUCUUUAUACAGUCAUAUAUAACACUUUAGAUCAUUUAUUUUGCAUAGGCAUAGAUAUUAUUUUAUAUUUUAGUAGAUUAUCUAUUGACAAUGAGUUCUUAUUGUUUAAAGAUCGGAAGGUAAAUGAAAUGCCCGAACUUUGUAGUUGGACCGCAUGAUUGUUCCUACCUUGGAUCAUUGCAAUCUGUAGCUGAGUGAAUGUUUCAUUUUAUUGCACAGUUUGAUGGUUCUCUAAUGAGCUAUUUGUUUUAAACAAGAUGGCGGUGUCGGUAGUGUAAUCGCAGAUUACAUGUCUUUUCAUAGAAUCUCAGCGUUGACCCACGAGCUUGCAGAGUCUAUUAGUCCGUUAUUCACCGACAGGCGAUGAGCCAGCGCAGGGAACAUAUCAUGCCUCAGAGCUGAUUUAUUUUCAAAGUAUAGGGCACACCUUGUUGUCGCAAUGACUGGUAUGAAUCAUGUAUGAGAAUAAUAAAUGAUUAUAUUUA